AUGGCAGCUGGAGGAUUAAUUAAGUCUCCCCAGGACUUGGGACUGUCAAGCAUUCUUCAGGAUGACCUGGCAGCAAUAGAAAAGGAACUAAUGCAAGAUUAUUAUCGAAAGGAACCUAGGCAGGGCUGCCAUGCCCAUGCCUAUGCCCAUGCCCAUGCCUAUGCCCAUGCCUAUGCCCAUGCCUAUGCCCAUGCCCAUGCCUAUGCCCAUGCCUAUGCCCAUGCCCAUGCCUAUGCCCAUGCCUAUGCACAUGCCUAUGCCUAUGCCCAUGUCCAUGCCUAUGCACAUGCCUAUGCCUAUGCCCAUGUCCAUGCCUAUGCACAUGCCUAUGCCCAUGCCCAUGCCUAUGACCAUGUCUAUGCCCAUGUCUAUGCCCAUGCCCAUGUCCAUGCCUAUGCCUAUGCCCAUGCCCAUGCCUAUGCCCAUGUCCAUGCCUAUGCCCAUGCCCAUGCCUAUGCCCAUGCCCAUGCCUAUGCCCAUGUCCAUGCCUAUGCACAUGCCUAUGCCCAUGUCCAUGCCUAUGCCCAUGCCCAUGCCCAUGUCCAUGCCUAUGCCUAUGCCUAUGCCCAUGCCCAUGCCUAUGUCCAUGCCUAUGCCCAUGCCCAUGCCCAUGUCCAUGCCCAUGCCCAUGCCUAUGCCCAUGCUCAUGCCUAUGCCCAUGCCUAUGCCCAUGCCCAUGUCCAUGCCUAUGCCCAUGUCCAUGCCUAUGCCCAUGUCCAUGCCCAUGCCCAUGCCCAUGCCCAUGCCUAUGCCCAUGCCCAUGUCCAUGCCUAUGCCCAUGUCCAUGCCCAUGUCCAUGCCCAUGCCUAUGCCCAUGUCCAUGCCCAUGCCCAUGUCCAUGCCCAUGUCCAUGCCUAUGCCUAUGACCAUGCCUAUGCCUAUGCCUAG